AUGAGCGGCCUUGGCCAACAACGCAUGGAAAACAUUCGGGAACACUCACAGAAAGGUGGGGAUGUACAGAAGAGGCUGAAUGAAACCACUGAGCUACACGAGCAACAGCAAAACAAUUUAAGGCUGAUCAUUCCUGAUUUGCAGACCAAACUGAUGGAAGUGCAAUUGGAAAGAGAUGGGCUUCAGGACACCAGACGAGGAGAAUCCCAGAGCCAAGAGAAUGCAAAAUUACAGCUAAAAAAUGCUACCCAAGAGCUGGAAGCUGCCAGGCAGCUGCCAGAGGAGAUACUGAGGGAGGCUGACAGCCAGACUCAGCGCCUGGAAGAGAUGGUCCACAGCCAGGAGGAAGUACUUGUGGAACUGCGUGGCAUCGUAAUGGACCACGGAGACUGCACAGGCAAGAAGCUCAGUGAGCAUGGGAAUGUUACUGGCCUCCACAUCCACAGCCUGAGCGCAGCAUUUGCUGCCAUCUUGCAAGAUUUGGACUCGGAGGUGUCAUUCCUCAAGGAAAAGGUUGUCCUGGUGGAAGAGGAACUGGAGUCAUUGAGGAAAGAUUCACAGACCCUGAGUCAACUUCUGCUUCACCAACAUCAAAACGGGAUUGAGCAGCUAAUAAGUGAGCGUGAACAGGAGGUGGCAGCACCUGCCAGUGCAGGCAGCUAUGCAGAUAGUAUCCAAAACCAGAUGGAGAUCAUGCAAGAUCAAACAAGAACCCAAAAUUCGGUGCAUGCGCAUCAAGCUGGUCCCCUGGAAUCUGCAGUUUCUCAGCUGUGUUCGGAAUUACGAGAAGCUAAGAGGAUGUAUGAAGACAAGGUCGAAGAUCUCAAGAAGCAGCUGCACGUAGCUCAUUCAGAGAUAGCAGAAGCUGUCAUUGCUAACUACAACCAGAUUCAGCAGUUGUUGGCUGAACCUCAUAAAAAAGAAAUAGAGCUGAGCCUGGAAAAAGAGCAGAACAAGCAGUUUUGGGAUCAGAACACGGACGUCAGCAUCAGCAUCGACCAUCUCAGGAGAGAAUUAGACAACAAAACCAGGCAACUGCAGCGCGUGGAAAACACUGUGAAGGAAAUGAGGGCUGAAUGUCAGGGACAAAUGGAGCGCCAGAUGGCUGCAAUCAAGGAAAAAAAUGAAAGCCUUAGGAGAAUCUCCUCUUUGACUGUCCAACUGGAGUCGACCAAGGAAACACUGUGUAAAGCUAAAGAAGAUCUUGCAGCCAAGCAGGUGGAUUUGGAGACUGCUGAGAAAACAGUGUCAGAUCUGACCGCCUGUCUGCAAGAGAAAGAGAGCGCCCUUGAGGUUACCAGUAAGGAAGUCAGGGAGCUGCAUUCACAACUUGGCAGUAGCGUGCAGGAGCUCCAGCACCUGAAGGAGGAGGAGGAAAAUAUACGGCACGUGCAGUCGGAGUGUGAAACACUGAAACUGCAGGUGCUGGAGAAGGAAAGGGUUAUUAACAUCUUCCAAAAACAAGUGGAUAACAUGACCCAGAUUGUGGGCCAGCACGGUCGAACUGCUGGGGCCAUGGAAGUUGAGAAAUUUCAGCUUAUAAAAGAAAUAAAUGACUGGAAACUUGAAGUACGAGAACUUAAGAUUGCGAAGGAUGAAAAAGAAGCCAGAAUACAUGAAAUGGAGACCAAACUGAGCAAGCUGGAAGUGGAAAAGGUUAAACUGGUAAACACAUGCACCGAGAGGCUCCGUGCACUUCAUGAUAUGAAACUGGAAAAAGCCCAGCUGGUGAAUGAAGUCCGAGCCAGUCAGAGCAAGCUGGCUGGCCUUGCAGAGGGAUUUCAAGAUUUGAAGAGGAAUUACCAGAAAAAAAUCAAGGAGAUGGAAAAGACUGCAAACAGAUGGAAAAUGCUGUUGAAAUCUGCUCAAGCUGAACUGGAGCAGACCAGGACUGCUCUAAAGACUAUGGAGGGGACUGAUGGCCGUGCAGUGAAGGUUGCAGUGGGAAUGCAGAAGCAGAUCACAGCCAGGAGAGGACAGAUCGAUGCAUUGCAGAGCAAGAUUAAAUUCUUGGAAGAGGCAAUGGCAAAUGCAGCUAAGGAGAAGCAUAACCUCAGAGAAGAAAAUAGUAAACUAAGUCAAGAAUUGAGCUGUGUUACAGCAGAAAAUACCAAGAUUGCUGGGGAACUGGAGGUCCUGAGAUCACAAGACAAACGCCUGAAAGAAAGAAUAUCUAGGCUGGAGACAGCCCUUGAUAAGGUAUCCGUGCAGUUUGCAGAAUGUCAGUGCAUAAUCCAGCGUCAGGAGCAAGAAGCAAUGCGCUUCAGACUGCAGCAUACUCUAGAUUUAAAAGAGCUGCAGGGCCCAGGCCUCUCAUCAGCUUCUGCUCCAGCCAAGCUGUGGCACAGGGUGCCUCUUGCCCACCUGCGCUCUGCUGUAGUGCCCCCUUCCCUGAACUUGCUGAGCUGUGCCCCUCGGAUGUCUUCCAAGGCAAGCAUUUUGAAGGAGGAACCACUGCAGGCUCUAAAGAAGAUGUUUGAGGAAUUAAGAAGCUCAAGCAAUGACAUUCCCACUGUAGAUCAUGGCAAGAAUGAUGGCAACGGUGGGAGAAAAUCACCUGCGGCAACCAAGGGGAACACAGUGGAGGCUGCAGCAAAAGACUCUGCUACUGAAACCAUCGUGGAAAAGGAUACUUUUGGCCGGGAUCCUUCAUGCUUACACACUGCAGAUCUUCAGUCCCAACGUGUUACUCUGCGCUUUACAUCCCCUGGAGGUCCAUCCAUCAUCUCAGCAUCUCCUUGCUGCACAUCCUUCCCCACAAAGGUCUCGCAGGAGGAGCGAUACAGAGCAAGGUCUCCAGUACACGCGCUGUUGACUGCUCCACUUGCUGACCUUGCAGCUCGCGCCAGCUCCUCACCAGAGCACAGACCAUCCGUGAGGAAGUGUGGCUCUCCAGAGGGUGCAGCUGCAGUUCCCCAGAUGGCUUCUCAGCCCACGGAUACUACUGAGAAUGUACCUAGGAGGCUGCAGAACAAGAAGGAGAGCCUGCUAAACCUGGUGGAAUCAUUACAGAUGGAAAAGCAAGCCCUGUCAUCCAUGAUCAGAACUCAGGAGAUGAAGACAGAGAAAGCAAAGGAAAAGGAGAAAAAGCUGUCAAAGUGA